CUUUAAUUUUCUGCCCUCAAUCGACUUGCUGAAAUGCAGAGCUGGAAGAAUAAAGGUGAAUGUGAAGACUGCCGCUGAUCCGGAGACGGUGUAACGUGAGGAUUACUCCCCCUCCCUCCCCGAAGAAGAAGAAGAAGAAGAAGAAGUAGAAGUAGAAGUAGAAGUAUUUUUGAAAUGGAGAAACCGGGACACAUCUAAAACGUGUAUUUAGUGAAAAUGUCCGAGCACCGGUCCAGUUUCCUUCACAUCGGAGACAUUGUGUCUCUGUGCGCGGAGGGCUCUGUGAAUGGCUUCAUCAGUACUUUGGGGCUUGUCGAUGACAGGUGUGUGGUCCAGCCUGAUGCUGGAAACCUGGCCAACCCACCCAAAAAGUUCAGAGAUUGCCUCUUCAAGGUGUGUCCCAUGAACAGAUACUCGGCCCAGAAGCAAUUCUGGAAGGCAAAACAAGGGAAACAAGGAAACAACAACACACAGGGAGACUUGUUUAAGAAGUUACAGCAUGCAGCAGAACUGGAGCAGAAGCAGAACGAGUCAGAGAACAAGAAGCUCCUUGGAGAAGUUGUGAAAUACAGUAAUGUCAUCCAGCUCCUGCACAUUAAGAGCAAUAAGUACCUGACCGUCAACAAGCGUCUUCCUGCUUUGCUUGAGAAGAACGCCAUGCGGGUUAUUUUGGACCCGGCCGGGAACGAGGGCUCCUGGUUCUACAUUCAGCCGUUCUGGAAGCUCCGCAGCGAAGGAGAUAAUGUGGUGGUUGGAGACAAGGUGGUGCUGAUGCCAGUAAACGCAGGGCAGCCUCUUCAUGCCAGUAACAUCGAGCUGCUAGACAACCCCGGCUGCAAAGAGGUUAAUGCUGUUAACUGUAACACCAGCUGGAAGGUCACCUUGUUCAUGAAGUUUAGCGACUACAGGGAAGAUGUGCUGAAGGGGGGGGAUGUGGUGAGGCUGUUUCACGCCGAGCAGGAGAAGUUUCUGACCUGUGACGAGUACAAGGAGCAGCAGCAUGUGUUUCUCAGGACCACACUGCGGCAGUCUGCCACCUCCGCCACCAGCUCCAAGGCUCUCUGGGAGAUCGAGGUUGUGCACUAUGACCCCUGUAGAGGUGGAGCAGGACAGUGGAACAGUCUCUUCCGCUUCAAACACCUGGCGACUGGGAAUUACCUCGCAGCAGAGGUGAACCCUGAAUUCAAAGACAACACAGUGGAGCCAAAAGGAGAGAAUGAGACUGAGACUUUGUUCUCCAAGAGGAAGCAUCAAGCAGCAGAGAAGAUUGCUUUCACCCUGGUUUCUGUCCGACAUGGGAAUGACAUAGCCUCUCUGUUUGAGCUGGACGCCACCACUCUGCAGCGUGCCGACUGUCUCGUGCCCAGAAACUCCUAUGUGAGACUUAGACACCUGUGCACCAACACCUGGGUGACAAGCACAAACGUCCCCAUCGAUGCAGAGGAGGAGCGUCCAGUGAUGCUCAAGAUUGGCACCUGUCCCACUAAAGAAGACAAAGAAGCUUUCGCCAUCGUAUCUGUUCCCCUGUCGGAGGUCAGAGACUUGGACUUUGCAAACGAUGCCAGCAAGGUCCUGGAGUCCACUGUGAGGAAGCUUCAGUACGGCAACAUCGCUCAGAACGAGAGGAGGUUUGUGACUAAGCUCCUGGAGGACCUUGUUUUCUUUGUAUGUGUGGUACCAAACAAUGGCCAGGAUGUUUUGUCUGUGGUCACCUCCACACCAAACCGAGAGAGGCAGAAACUUAUGAGGGAACAGAACAUCCUUGCUCAGAUCUUUGACAUCCUGAAGGCUCCAUUCACAGAUCAGGGUGAUGGACCGAUGCUAAAGUUGGAGGAUUUGGGAGACCAGCGCUAUGCUCACUUCAAGUACAUGUUGAGACUCUGCUACAGGGUGCUACGCCACUCCCAACAGGACUAUCGCAAGAACCAGGAAUAUAUAGCCAAAAAGUUCACAAUCAUGCAGUCUCAGAUCGGCUAUGAGAUCCUGGCUGAGGACACAAUCACUGCCCUGCUGCACAACAACCGCAAGCUGCUGGAAAAACACAUCACAGCCAGAGAGAUUGAGACCUUCGUCAGCCUGCUGAGGCGCAACAGAGAACCCAGAUUCCUGGAUUAUCUGUCUGAUCUCUGCGUGUCCAACAAGACAGCAAUCCCCGUCACACAGGAGCUUAUCUGUAAAUUUAUGCUGAACCCCACCAACGCAGAUAUCCUCAUCCAGACCAAGCUCAUCCCUAACACAGAGACCACCCUGGAGUCCUCUCUGCUACAGGAGGAGGUGGAGGAGGAGGAGGUUUGGCUCUACUGGAUCGACAGCCACAAGGAGCCUCACGGCAAAUCCAUUCGCCACCUGGCCCAGGAUGCCAAGGGCAACCACAAGAUGGAUGUAGACAUUAUCACCUAUUACAGGUACCAGUUGAAUCUCUUUGCUAAAAUGUGUCUGGACCGUCAGUACCUAGCCAUCAACCAGAUCACCUGUCAGCUACCGGUGGAUCUGAUCCUGCGCUGCAUGUUUGACGACUGCCUGCCCUACAACCUCAGAGCCUCCUUCUGCCGUCUCAUGCUGCAUAUGCAUGUGGACCGCGACCCACAGGAGGCCGUGGUGCCUGUACGCUAUGCCCGCCUGUGGACCGAGAUCCCCUCAAAGAUCACCAUUCAUGAGUUUGAGUACGAGUCCACUGAUACGUCAAGAGAGGAGAUGAAGAGGAAGUUUGCUCACACCAUGGAGUUUGUUGAAGAAUAUCUUAAAGAUGUGGUCAGCCAGCCUUUUCCAUUUGGAGAAAAAGACAAGAAUGAACUCACGCUAGAGGUGGUGAAUCUGGCUCGUAACCUGGUGUACUUUGGUUUCUAUAGCUUUAGUGAGCUGCUGCGUCUCACACGCACUCUGCUGGCCAUCCUGGAUAUUGUCCAGCACCCACUGACCUUCAUGAACAAGCUCGACAAGAGUCCAGAGACUGGCAACAAUGUCCUCCGUACGAUCCAUGGAGUUGGGGAAAUGAUGACUCAGAUUAUGCUGAGUCGAGGCGUGCCGCAUAGCCUCCCUGACACCUCUCCGUCACUGCGCUAUGGGAGAGGACACUUCCUGCCUGACAAUGAGGAUGUCAUGGUGAUGGACACCAAGCUGAAAAUCAUCGAAAUCCUGCAAUUCAUCCUGAGUGUGAGGUUGGAUUAUAGGAUCACAUACUUGUUGUCCAUCUACAAGAAAGAGUUUGGGGACAGGACCAUAACUGACAGCUCUGUCUCUGUGAAUGAGUUGAUCCCAGUGACACCUGCUGAACCAGACAUAGAUGAGAUUGCAACCAAAGCAGAGAGCAUGUUUGCGGGGAGCUCAGAGUUAAGUGCAGUGGAGCUGGACGAUGAGGGGGGGCGGACGUUUUUGAGGGUUUUGAUCCAUCUCAUCAUGCAAGAUUACCCCCCACUGGUGUCUGGCUCACUGCAGCUCAUCUUCAAACACUUCAGCCAGAGAGCCGAGGUCCUGCAGGCCUUCAAACAGGUCCAGCUAUUAGUGUCAGAGCAGGAUGUAGAUAACUACAAGCAGAUCAAGACAGACCUGGACCAGCUGCGUCUGACUGUUGAGAAGUCAGAGCUGUGGGUGGAGAAAAGCGGAGUCUACAGCAGUGAAGACCUGGGGGUACGGCAGGUCAAAGAACAAAACAUCGAGGUGCUGUACCAUCAUUUAAUGGAGGUUGUCCUGAGCCCAGUACAGGAUGGAGAUAAUAAACCUCAAAUUGACAGCAACAAAGCAAACAACUACAACAUCGUAAAAGAGAUCUUACUGAGGCUCAGUAAGCUGUGCUAUCCCAGUAAGAAGAGUCGUGUGCAGCAGCAGAGGUUGCUGAAGAACAUGGGGGCCCAUACAGUGGUGCUGGACCUGCUGCAGAUCCCCUAUGAGCAGAGUGAUGAGAAGAUGACUGAAAUCAUGACCCUGGCACAUACGUUUCUGCAAAAUUUCUGCAGAGGAAACCAUCAGAACCAAGUUCUUCUACAUAAACACCUGAACCUCUUCCUAACUCCAGGGUUGCUGGAAGCUGAGACCAUGCGUCACAUCUUUAUGAACAACUACCAGCUGUGCAAUGAGAUCAGCGACCGAGUCGUCCAUCAUUUUGUUCACUGCAUUGAAACACACGGACGACACGUUCUGUACCUCAAGUUCCUGCAAACCAUUGUGAAAGCAGAUGGGAAGUAUGUGAAGAAAUGUCAGGACAAAGUCAUGACAGAGCUGGUGAACGAAGGCGAAGACGUCCUGGUGUUCUACAAUGACCGCUCCUCGUUCUCAGUGUUGGUGCAGAUGAUGGGCUCUGAGCGAGAGCGGACCGAUGAAGAUGGAGCUCUGGCCUACCACAACAUGCUUGUGGAGCUACUGGCUGCCUGCACUGAGGGCAAGAACGUCUACACUGAGCUGAAAUGCAACUCUCUGCUGCCGCUGGACGACAUUGUCAAAGUUGUCUCUGAUGUCCACUGUAUACCAGAGGUCAAAACUGCUUAUGUGAACUUUGUGAAUCACUGCUACGUGGACACAGAGGUAGAAAUGAAAGAGAUCUACACCUCCAACCAUAUCUGGAAGCUCUUUGACAACUUCCUGGUGGACAUGUCAAGUGUGUGCAACACUACCACAGACCGUAACCAUGCCGAUUUGGCCCUGGAGAAGUAUGUGACAGAGACAGUGAUGGCCAUUGUCAAGGGUUUCUUCAGCUCACCUUUCUCUGUCAACCACUCCAACCUGCAGACAAACCAGUCCGUCUUCAUCAAGCUGCUUCAGUCUUCUUUCAGGAUCUACAACUGCACCUGGAUCAACUCAGCUCAGAAGGCUAAUAUUGAGAGCUGUAUCAAAACACUGGCUGACGUUGCUAAGGCACGGGCCAUAGCCAUCCCAGUGGACCUGGACAGUCAGGUCAACACUUUGUCUCUGAAGGUCCAUAGCAUCAUGGUGCAGCGAGCAGCCAAGGACUGGAGGAUCUCUGCCCGCACACGACCCCGCAAAGAGACCUUUGGUGGCCCUGACUACAAGAACAUCAUUGAGAAGCUCCAGGGAGUCGUGUCCCUUCUGGAGGAGCAGUUCAGUCCAAAGGUUCAGGCAGAGUUUUCUGUGCUGGUGGAUGUUCUUCACAGCCCAGAGCUGCUGUUUCCAGAGGCUGCUCGAUUACGCUGUGAGAGUGGAGCUUUCAUGUCCAAACUAAUCAAACACACCAAGAAGCUUAUGGACAAAGAGGAGAAGCUGUGUAUCAAGAUCCUGCAAACACUCAGAGAGAUGAUGGACAAGAAGGGAUGCUUUCAGGAGGCUGGAAACGAUUUAAGAAAGAUCCUCCUCACACGCUACUUUGGAAAUCAAAAGCUUCUCUCCAAGUCAGAGCUUGGGAGUGGAAACUGCUCAUCUGGCGGCUUUGUCAAGCCAUCUUCCGCAGGAGGUUCUCCUUUGCUGGACUCUGACAAGCCAGGCAGUAGUGUGGUGGAGAUCCAGUGUCUCCUAGACAGCGUUGGGGCAUCAGAGUUAGUGAUUGAUCUCAUCGUCAACACCAAGAAUGACCGGGUGUUUGAGGAGAGCAUCCUGUUGGGCAUCGCCCUUCUCCAGGGCGGAAACACACAGAUACAGAACUCCUUCUAUAACCAACUGUACAAGCAGAAGAAGUCAGAGAGGUUCUUCAAAGUUUUCUACGACCGCAUGCGUUUGGCCCAGCAAGAGAUCCGAGCCACCGUGUCCGUCAACAUGUUUGAGCUCAGCUGCAGAAAAAGGGAUGAUGACAGUGACGUCAGUAGCAUCAGGCUGAAGAAAGGGAAAGACUCAGGGCUUCAUAUGAGGGACGACAUGCGAGGGCAGCUGAAGGAGGCUUCUUCAGUCACCUCAAAGGCCUUCUGUGCCUUCAGAAAGGAGCUGGAUCCAGACCUCGAAGGCCUCGGCCAGACCAGUGAGAUAGUUGGGGCUGAAGAGGUUUUAGAAGAAACUCAGAUGAGCCAAGCCAUCACCAUCAUGAAACCCAUCCUACGUUACCUUCAGCUGCUCUGUGAGAACCACAAUACAGACCUGCAGAACUUUCUGCGCAACCAAACCAACAAGACCAACUACAAUCUGGUGUGUGAGACUCUUCAGUUCUUGGACUGUAUUUGUGGAAGCACUACUGGAGGCCUCGGGCUACUGGGCCUUUACAUAAAUCAGAGUAAUGUGGACUUGGUUCGCCAAACCCUGGAAACCAUCACAGAGUACUGCCAGGGACCCUGCCAUGAAAACCAGAGCUGUAUAGCCAAGCAUGAGUCAAAUGGCAUUGACAUAAUUAUAGCACUGAUUGUCAACUCUAUCAACCCCCUGGGGAAGGAUCGGCUGGACCUCGUGCUGGUGCUCAAGAACAAUGCCUCCAAACUCCUACUGGCUAUCAUGGAGAGCCGCCAUGACAGCGAGAAUGCAGAGAAGAUUCUCUACAAGAUGAGACCCACCGAACUAGUGGAUGUAAUGAAGGAAGCCUACGCCCAGGGUCUGGAGAGUGAGUUCAAUGAGGACAGUGUUGGAGACCAGAUCAAGCCCAGAGACGUCGGACACAACAUUUACAUCCUGGCCCACCAGCUGGCCCGACACAAUAAGAUCCUGCAGCAGAGCCUGAGGCCGGGGUUGGGGUUGGGCCUGGGGUCCGGGGUGGACCCCGACAAUGAGAAGGAUGACGCACUCCAUUACUAUGCCAAUCACACAGCUCAGAUAGAGAUUGUGCGUCACGACCGCACCAUGGAGCAGAUAGUGUUUCCGGUCCCUAACAUCUGCGAGUACCUCACAGAAGAGUCCAUGGUGCGUGUGUUCACCACCACCGAGAGAGACGACCAGGGCAGCAAGGUUAACGACUUCUUCCAGCAGUUUGACAACCUCUACAACGAGAUGAGGUGGCAGAAGAAGAUCCGCAGAAAUAAGGCUGUGUUCUGGUUCUCACGACACAUUUCUGUUUGGGGGAGCAUCUCCUUCUACCUAGCCUGUCUGCUCAACAUCGCUGUGGCUGUAUUCUACCCCUUUGGUGAUGAUGGAGAUGAAGGCACCUUGUCCCCCUUCUGGAAUAUCUCGCUGUGGGUGGCGUUGGGGGUGUUUACCGCACUACUUCCUGUCCUACCCAAGCCGUUGGGCAUCCUGUUCUUCCUGGUCUCCCUCAUCCUACGUGCCAUUUACACUAUGGGCCUCGCUCCUGCCCUGUUGUUGCUGGGUGCUGUCAAUCUGUUUAACAAGUUAGUCUUUCUUGUAAGUUUUGUGGGCAACCAGGGGACAUUCACGCGAGGCUACAAAGCGGUUGUUAUGGACAUGCUCUUUAUCUACCAUUUGGGCUAUGCCAUCAUCUGCGUCCUAGGCCUCUUUGUGCACGAGUUCUUCUACAGCUUUUUGUUGUUUGACCUGGUGAUCCGAGAGGAGACGUUGCUCAACGUGAUAAAGAGCGUGACGAGAAAUGGCCGCUCUAUUAUUCUGACUGCUGUUCUGGCCAUUUUCCUCGUUUACUUCUUCUCUAUCAUUGGCUUCCUCUUCCUCAAGGAUGACUUCCGCAUGGAGGUGGACCGCCUUCCUGCACCAGGAAAAGGGGAUUUAUUGAGUAGCAAUGAAGUUGUGGACUCGUGUAUGAAAGAUAGCUGUCCUGUUUCAACACCUAAAAAUGUUCCUGACGAUGGGACAGAGCGGGUGUGCGACACUCUGCUCAUGUGUAUAAUCACGGUUCUGAACCAGGGACUACGUAAUGGAGGAGGUGUGGGAGAUAUUCUCAGGAGACCCUCCAAAGAGGAGCCUUUGUUUGCGGCACGAGUGGUUUACGACCUUCUGUUCUUCUUCAUCGUUAUCAUCAUCGUUCUUAACCUCAUCUUUGGUGUUAUCAUCGACACCUUCGCUGACUUGAGGAGUGAAAAACAAAGAAAGGAGGAGAUCCUGAAAACCACCUGUUUCAUCUGUGGGUUGGAGAGGGACAAAUUUGACAACAAGACAGUGUCCUUCGAGGAGCACAUCAAAUCCGAGCACAACAUGUGGCAUUACCUCUUCUUCCUGGUUCUGGUGAGGGUGAAGGAUCCGACCGAAUAUACUGGCCCUGAGAGCUACGUGGCCCAGAUGAUUGGGGAGAAGAACUUGGAGUGGUUCCCCCGUAUGAGAGCCAUGUCUCUGGUGAGCAGCGAGGGAGACAACGAGCAGAACGAGAUGCGCUCUCUGCAGGAGAAACUGGACAGCACUGUCACUCUGGUGUCUCAGCUGUCUGGCCAGCUGGCUGAGCUCAAAGAUCAGAUGACAGAACAGAGGAAGAACAAGCAGAGGCUUGGAUUCCUGGGUCCUCCUCAGCCCAACCAUCUCACCUCGGCCCACUGAGGGGCUCAAGGCUCAAACACUUCACGGUGAAAGGCACCUCGACUGCAGGCUCGCAGUAGAAACAAGCUGGAAAUGUGGACACACACAAACGACAGCCUUAAGAACAAUACAUGGGCAUACGUUCAAAUACUGAUGUCAAAACAAAGAGGCCAGCAAUUUUUUGACAUAGUGCCUUUUCUAUGACACAAGCAAUGCGUUAUGGGAUUCAGACGGUGCCUUACGUGCUCUCUCGGCCACUAGGAGUAGGCUUUACUUGGUGCCUGAAUACACCUUUGUACAAAGGGACUCAGCUCUGUGAAUGAUUGGCCAGGCACGGCACACAUCUGCCAUUGUAGUGUUAGUGUGCCAACCAGAGGUCGAGGGAAAUGUUAAGGUAAGGUUAAUGUUUAAGUGCUGUCAAGUCUGCUGACGGUCACGUCUCGUUCCUUGACUGUCGUCCGUGCUGUUGUGUCAGAGAGCGGACAGAGAGGUCGUGAUUGGCAGUGUUUUUAGAAGUUGGGUGGGGUUUUGGCCUCCAGAGGGAAGAUCCUCCCCUUUACAUUUUAGAUUUCUGAUGGUAUUUAUGACAAAAUGUGCGGUUCAUAGCUGGAGUAUUAUUUUGGUGUCAUGCUGCCUUACUCAUUAACCUUUCUAAACAGUACAUUGCAACUGCUGAAAGUGCACUUUUUUUAAAAAUGCAAAAAUGUAAGCCUGUAACGAGAAACAUUGGUUAGUUGGGGUAUUAUUUUUGCAUGCUUUGUGUUGUGUUUUAAAAUGCAUUUGCCAUUUAAUUUUUUUUUUUUUUUUUUUUAUAAAUUUCUACAGAGUAUAUAAAUAACAGAAAUGUGAAUUAAAAAUAAUGAUAACCUGUGCAGAACUUACUUGAAAUUUGUUUUCAGUCUAAAUCGUAUAUUGGUACAUAAUGUAGUGGACUGAAGAUGGUAAGAUUACAGUUCUUUGUUACAAUAUGAACAUCGUCAUGUCUAUCGAGAUGCCAAUACUGUAACAUUUACUUAUCUUCAUCUUCCACAGUUUCUCAUCAUGUUUUAAGUGUAAAUCAUAGUCUCUCUUGGACUGGAAUUGAUUGUUAAGUCUGACCUUGUGUUUUAAACUUGCACAAACUUAUGACAAAUUAUAAGCGCAUGCACUCGAUGUUAACUGUCCUGUGACACUUUCUGUUUAAACAAAGUGUAUUGAAAAUGUUUUUAUGUGUCGGAUGUUGUAAUAAAUUUGUAACAAGAUUUAUUACUUUAUGUCCUUUGAGUCACCUGUUCUUAACAGAGUUGAGCCUCAGUUGUUGUUGGGGAUAAAUGAGCACUCAACCUAACCCCCCUCUGCACCCACACACACUCAGUUGACUCACUCUUGAACUUGUCCAUGAUCAUAUUUCAACUCAUGCAGCAGGGGUAGUCAUCUACUAUUAAAUUCAAAGUU